GAAGAUGCAAGAAGCUACUAGUAGCUAGAAGGAGGCCAUCUAGAUAGAGAAGCCCGGACCUUGCGGCAGAUGAGCCCAGUGAAUUGCAGAAGCUCGGCUUUUACCUCAACUUACGGACGCAGCGCUCCAUCUUGGUAUAUACCUGGAGUAGCUUGUGCUCUACGUGUCCUUGAGGCUGCUGUUUGCAGCAGUUCUGCGUGGUGCCUUGGAACACACACGACAGCCAAAGCACAGUGAGCGGGUUGCAAUAUGAGUGAGCCUUGGCAGAAUGGAGCAAACCCACCCUGAGCGGACAGCAGUGACUGGAUGAACAGUUGAGGGCGCCGACGGCGAGAGGCCAAGAAAGAAAGCAUGUUGCGCUUCUUUUCUGGCCCAUUGACUGACGCACAUGUUUCUAGUAAGCGGUUGAAUAGAUCGCCGAGUAUUCCUGCUCGGCAGAUUUAUGCUUUGAUUACGUGAGCUUCACGUAAGCAAGCAGGCACCAUCAACUUCGAGGAAGAGUUUUAAGCUUCAAAGAUCACCUGGGGAUUUGCAAGAAUCGUCAACAACGAGCAAGAGCCGUUGACGGCCCAAGGUUGCAUACAGAUGCUUGACAAUUGAUCAUUUUGCUGUUGGAGACUGGAGAUUUGCAUUCCUUCGAGAAGCGUGGCACAUUAUGAAGUAGACUUUGGGCGUUGGAAUGUUUGAGUCAGUGGCAUCCAUCCAGGAUUGAUACCAGCCAUUACCAGCCUACAGAUCUUAAAUGCGAACUAUUUUGGAUGUCCUGCGGUUUUUAAUUUUUUGGGCGGAGUGACUACACUGCAUGCCUUCCCAUUUCGCCCGCCCGCUUGGCCGGUGUAUGUUUGAGUGGCUGGCAAGCAAGUCGUGACGCCGGUAUGAAGAGCUGCGCUCGACCUAAGUGGAGAGGGUGCAGCUGGACAUAGCUGGACCGAGCUCACAUGUCAGUUGUCAUGCAUCAUUUUGGUAUUGCGUUUUUGUGAGGCAGCCAUUUGGCUACAGCCAAUGAAUGCUAGACGCCAUGUAGGGGAUUGGAAUGAUCUGCCGGGCGCAUCUCGUCCUCAGGUUCAGCAAGCCAGUCUCGAAUGCAUACACCUUUGAGCGCAGCUUGGGACAGGGCGGUAUCGGACAAGUUGUCCAGGCCACUUGCCAUCGCAGCAAUGCGAAGCGCGCGAUCAAGAUCAUGUCCCGCAAAUCCGAUCCUUCAGGAUUCGAGAUUUCGCUCAUGUUGAAGCUCGAUCACCCAAACAUUCUCCGGCUUUUUGAGACCUUCGAGGAGCCUGCUUGUUCUCAUACAUACCUGGCUAUGGAGCUUUGCAGAGGUGGCCCACUUCCAAAUUAUGCGAAGGAGUUCUUCCCUCCGUUGGAGGAGGCAGCUGCUGCUGUCAUCCUGUGGCAGCUUUUGGGUGCCCUUUGCUAUCUUCAAAUGCAGUCUCUCAGCCAUGGCGACAUUUGCCCUGCCAACGUGCUAAUGCUGCAUUUUGACAAGCCACCGGAGCAGAAUGUAACAAAGCUCAUCGACUUCGGGGCCUUCGCUGGAAGCCGAACGCCUGACAUCCCCUCGACCGGCUUGGUGAUGAGGGCAUUGCUGGGAUGGUGCUGUGGAACAAAGGGCUCCUCUUUGAGGGAAGCAAAUCAUACGUCGAAGGGACCUGUUGCGGAUGCAUUUGUGUACAGCGAAGGAGGUGUUGCUGUGGCCAUCAGUAGGGCUGCGUCGGACUUACUGAACCGAUUUGCAGGAGCUGAAUUUACGGCUGAGAGAGCCCUGAAGCACAAGUGGUUCAUGCAAGCAAGGAGAGGAGAAGUGCCAAGACGCAAGGCAAGACCUCGGCGAAGUCCGAAGAAAGACGAAAAAGAAGAAGGCAAAGCCGACAGAAGAGAAGGCAAAGCCAGAGGUGCCGGAGGUGAGCCAAGCGAAGGCAAAGUUGACAAGAAAAGUCUCAAGCGCGCUCAGUCUACCGGGCAACUUUUGAAAGAGAGUGAUGCCAAAGAUCGAAAAGAAUCUAAAGACGCGACCAAAUUGGCUUUGAGGCUUGAGACUUCCCCCUCGAAGACACGGGUUGCGCCCGGCGGGUGGUGGGGCGGAGCCUCGGUGAAUAUGUUGAAUUUCAUUCCUCGGCUCCGGACCUUUUGCGCUGGGCCGAGCUUGUUGAGAACGAUGCUCCUGGUCGCAGCCGAUGCCCUCGACGAGGAGAUUUUGUCACCCUUGCGGGCGGCAUUCCAACGCUUGGAUGGUUGGUGUCCAGAUGGAGUUUUAACUGUGGAUGACCUGAAGCACCGAUUGCCCAAAAUGGGAUGCAAAGAGGUGCCAGGAGACAUCGACCGGCUGCUUCUGGAGGCCGAUAUCGACGGUGUCGGAGUCUUGGACUUCACAACGUUCCUGGCGAUUGCCGUUGGCACUCAGGAGGUGGCCUCUACCGACUUGGGUGUGAGAACUUUCAAGAUCCUGGACAGAGAUCAGGAUGGCGCGAUCUCAGUGAACGAUUUGGAGGUCUUCAUGAACAAAGUGGCCAAGUUGGAGGACCUGGCUGCUUUGCUCAAAGAUGCUUUGGGCAAUUCGAAGCCCUUGAACCUUGCAGGCUUUUUGGGCAUUCUCACAAAGGCCACAAAGAUGGAGCUGGAAUUUGCGCAGAAAGCGCAUCCAGAACAUCGUUUGAGCCCUGCUGCGUUGGAGAGGCUAAACCUGGCUUUGACCACCAGUGAAGGACUUACACAUCCGCCCCGGUGUGAUGCCAUCAAGGCCAAGCGAAGGAUUGUUGACAUGGCGGCUGAAAAACGCCGAAAAGAACAAGAGGAAAAGCGUCGCAAAGCCGAAAAAAGGGCCAAGUCGAGAAGGAGGAAGGAACGCAAACCUGUUCAAGACGAGCCCGAUGCUGAUCCAUUAACGCUGAGUCUUUUGGUUGAAAGCAGCAGUGACAGCUCAGAAAGCGGUAGCUGUCCCAUCCCUGAGACGGCACGGGACAGAACUGACACGGGAGAUACGGCUCACACUGUCGACACGGUCGGAAGUAUCGAUUCGGCAGCCGUCACAUUCCCGGUUUUUCAACAGCUGCUUCAUGAUCAUCAAAGACUCCUGGUGAGUUUGUGAAACGAACGAACAGAUCACCAGGAUGGGUGUUUCACCGGAUAGCAAUACAGUUCCCGCAGGGCGGCCAUUUGAAAGAAAUGCAGCAAUGCACAAAGAGUAAUGAUAUGCAACUGAUGUUCCACGAGACAAUUGAACACGUGCCCAAAGCCAAAGUGUUGGAGGUACCUUCUUGCAACGCCUGGCAAGUGACAUGGCAGAUGAAC